AUGACUUUGAGUGCAUAUUUAGGCUUAUUAUCACUAGGAAGCACAAUACAGACCAGGUACAAUGCCGAAUGCCAAGAAGAGGAGCAGCAAGAACUGGAUGCUUUGCGAGCCAUGGCGCAACAUAUAUCAGCUGCAGAAAUAGACACUGUUUCAGCAGUCAGUAUACAUCAUGCCCCUUCAGAACGUCGAGUGGAAGUGAGAGAAAACAUCACGGGCGUCGUGCUUGCCAUUGGAACGAUGGUUGCCAACUAUUCAUUGUGUUUCCCCAUUGUAGCAGCACGACAUCGAUUACAGGCCGUACCAACAUAUCAAAGUUACGAACGAGACACACCAUUGUAUGGCAUCCAGACUAUACUGUACACCUACAGACAUGGAGGUAUUCGACGACUCUAUCCUGGCUUUGGUUUGGGUCUGAUUGGCCAAACAUUGAGUGCGACCUAUGAAUCAGGGCUGAAUCAAGUCAUGUCGCCCCUGAUUGCCUCUGCAAACAAAACCAAUACUUUGCUGGGUAGUUUGACAGCUCUACUGGCAAAAGGGCUCGCAUUGUUUGUCAAUAUCCCCUUGUAUCCCUUGUAUCGCAACGCAUUAAUCCUACGAGUACAACAAGUAUCGCCAUCCAGUCAGAUUGUGAUAGAUAGUCCUCAUGAUUUCAUCAGGCUCUACAAGCUAGAUUUACGAGCAUUCUGGCCGGGAAACGAACAUCAUCGGCAGUUGAUGAAUGGAUUUAUACCAUCUUGUGCGUUGAACCUGAUCACCGAGAGGCUGCUCAUCUACAUUUACCGUCAUCUAUUCCAAUCCUUCUCUAACAACUCCAAUUCCACGACAACAACAGGCACUACAGCAGCAACCAUUGACCACAGCAGCGAAAAUUUGACAACAGCAACCCCUUCUGGUGCUGGACAUAGCACAGCAUCAGCAUCCUCAACGUCGCUGGCUUCGCCUCAUUCCAAGAAAAAGCGUGAAUCCACCGUGCUGCAUACAUUCUACCCCGAGAUUGCUUGCGGUGUCAUCAGUAGCAUCCUUACAAGAGCAUUGAGCUAUCCUGUAGAAACUGUGAUUUACAAACUAAUGGUGCAAGACACGGGCGUGCUGACUGCGAAUACAGACUACAGAGGAUUUCUCGAUUGCGUCAAGAGAACAUGGUACGAGGAAGGUGGGUGGAAGGCCUUCUAUCCUGGAUGGGGUAUUGGCGUGCUGGAGAUCGGCAUGGGCUAUCUUAUCCUGGAAGCUUCUUGGUGGGCUUACCGUGCGACGCAAUGGAAGUUGCAGGUGCCAGGCACAAGCGAUACGCGGGCUGUUAGAAAGGCAAGAAAACUUCGAGAAAGACUUUUGUAA